AUGCUAUUCAAUAUCAACCGCCAGGAAGACGACCCCUUCACGCAAUUGAUCAAUCAAUCUUCGGCAAAUGCGCAAAAUCAGCAAGCGCAACAACAGGAAAGUCCUUAUCAAUUUUUGCAAAAGGUUGUGUCUAAUGAGCCAAAAGGCAAGGAAGAAUGGGUCUCGCCAUUUAGACAAGACGCCCUCGCUAAUAGGCAGAAUAACCGGUUAUCUGCAGAAGAUGCGAAAAACAGAAAGUUUCCCACUAUUAGCGCUACUUCUGCCUAUUCAAAGCAACAACCUAAGGAUUUAGGCUACAAAAACAUACCAAAGAAUGCCAAGAGAGCUAAAGAUAUUAGAUUUCCAACUUACCUGACUCAAAAUGAAGAAAGACAAUACCAGUUGCUAACUGAGUUGGAACUGAAGGAGAAGCAUUUGAAAUAUUUGAAAAAAUGCCAGAAAAUCACUGAUUUAACGAAGGAUGGAAAGGGUGACACUGACACCACUACUUCUUCCACUUCCACUUCCACUUCCACUUCCACAUCCUCUUCGUCUUCAACCUCAUCAGAUGACGAGGAUAGUACUUCUACAACCACAUCUGAGGCCAAUGAAGAGACAACGACAACGACUAACAGUGCUUCUACCACUACCGGUGUCGAAAAUAGUGCCGAUGAAGCAACUUCUAUGGAGGAAGAGCAGGAAGGGAAAGCGAGUGAGUCUACUUCAAUUGAAAAAAGAACUGCUGAAAACGGGGAAAACAUUCAAGAAGCGGUGUGCCCUAUCGAUGAAGGAAACAUAGCAGAACAAAGUUUAACAAAAACAACUGCUGAUUCGACUCAAAUUAAUGCACCUGAAACAACUGUUACAUCCGAAAAGGAUGCGUCAGAACAACGUAUUGCAGGCCAAGGCGGCGAUUCAAAAUCAGUUGUGCCAACGGAGGAGCAAAAGGAGGAAACGUCUGUUGUAAAGAAAGUCAAUCGUUCCGGAGAGGGGCAACAAGGAGAAGCGGAAGAAGAAACCGAACAAUCAUCCGAAGAGGAACCUGCAGAGGAAAUGUCUACUCCAGAAACUUCAGAACCAGAAUCAGAAGAAAAUGAAAGUCCAAUCGAUCCAAGCAAAGCUCCCAAGGUUCCCUUUCAGGAGCGUCCUCGAAAGGAAAGAACCGGUAUUUUUGCCCUAUGGAAAAGCCCCACUUCUUCGUCUACCCAAAAAGGCAACCCUACUGCUCCAUCAAAUCCAGUGGCCACCCCAGAGAAUCCUGAAUUAAUUGUAAAGACGAAGGAACAUGGUUAUCUAUCGAAGGCAGUUUAUGAAAAAAUCAAUUAUGAUGAAAAGGUUCAUCAAGCAUGGCUAACUGAUCUUAGAGCAAAGGAAAAGGCUAAAUACGACGCCAAAAAUAAAGAAUACGAAGAAAAGUUACAAACUUUACAAAGCCAGAUUGACGAAAUUGAAAAUUCAAUGAAGGCCAUGAGAAAGGAGACUUCUGAGAAAAUUGAAGUCAGCAAAAACCGGUUGGUUAAACAAAUCAUUGACGUUAACGCUGAACAUAAUAACAAAAAACUAACAAUAUUGAAAGACACUGAAAAUAUGAAAAACCAAAAACUACAGGAGAAGAAUGAAGUCUUGGACAAGCAAACCAAUGUUAAAUCAGAAAUCGAUGAUUUGAAUAAUGAAAAAACGAACGUCCAAAAGGAGUUCAAUGACUGGACUACAAAUCUAAACAACUUAUCUCAACAGUUGGAUGCUCAGAUUUUUAAGAUCAACCAGAUUAAUCUGAAACAAAGCAAAGUCCAAAACGAAAUCGAUAAUCUGGAGAAGAAAAAGAACGACUUAGUUACUCAAACUGAAGAAAACAAGAAGCUGCAUGAAAAAAAUGUACAAGUGUUGGAAAGUGUGGAGAACAAGGAGUAUCUUCCACAAAUCAACGAUAUUGAUAACCAAAUAUCCGGUUUAUUGAACGAAAUGACCAUUAUAAAGCAAGAAAACGCCAAUGAAAAAACUCAAUUAUCUGCAAUUACUAAAAGACUUGAAGAGGAACGCCGUGCUCAUGAAGAAAAGUUAAAGCUAGAAGCUGAAGAAAGAAAGCGCAAGGAAGAGAACUUGCUGGAAAAGCAGCGUCAAGAGUUAGAGGAACAAGCGCACCAGGCGCAAUUAGAUCAUGAACAACAAAUCACUCAGGUCAAGCAAACUUACAAUGAUCAAUUGACUGAACUUCAGGAUAAAUUAGCAGCCGAAGAGAAAGAAUUAGAGGCUGUUAAGAGAGAAAGAACGCGAUUACAAGGUGAGAAGGCUAUCGAGGAGGAAACCCGCCAAAAAAAUGCCGAUGAGGCCUUAAAGCAAGAAAUAUUGAAUAGGCAGCACAAACAAGCUGAAGGUAUACACGCAGCUGAAAACCACAAAAUACCAAAUGUCCAGUCACAAAAGACUAAGAAUGUUGUUCCAAAAGAUGACUCCUUGUAUGAAUAUCAUACUGAGGAAGACGUCAUGUAUGCCUGA